AUGAAGCGUUUAAGAUUAGAAAAGCCAUAUGGUACAAAUAUUGUUAUAAAAAAAGUAGAAUGUACUAAUCAUUUACUACGUAACUACAUAAAUCGGCUUAGAGAUAUAAGUGGGAAAAGAAAAAACGAUAAAGGAGACGUCAUACCUGGUUGUUAUCGGAAAGUAGUUCAUAAUCGUUUACUUAGGCUUCGGUAUGCUAUCACUGAAGCGAUAAAAUAUAGAAGACUUGAACAAACAGAUCGCACAUAUGAAGCAACAUUGGCUUUACUCAAAGCAGAUAUAACAAACGGACCUAAUCAUGUAUUCGGAGACCACACUAAAUGCCAAUCGUAUUUUUGUGAAGGUCAAAAGAAAGGAGAAGAAAACAUUGUACCCGAUUUAAAAAUAUUUGGUGUUUGGGAUGAUAUUUGUAGAGCCCGAAAUCUUCUAACUUAUCAUACCGAAAGUUUAAUGUAUGGUUAUAAUAACAAUUCAGCUGAACUUUAUAACUCAAUUUUAACCAAAUUUGUUGGAGGGAAACGCGUAAAUUUUUCAUUGAAAGGGUCUUAUCAACUAAGGUGUAACACAGCAGUCACUGCAUAUAAUUCAGGACCAAACCGUCUUUCUCUGUUUAAUAAACAUGUAACAAAUAAAAGCCCAGGGAGAUUUACAAAAAUGUAAAUUAAAAGGCAUAUAGUAACAGCUGAAACUCGAAGACGACGGCGAUGUCUUUUUAGUGGACCAAAAAAUAGAAAAAAGAGUACAACAAUAGGAGGACCAGAUGAAAACUAUGGAAAUGUAUCUCAUGAUCCAUUUUCUGAACUUACUGCUGUUGAGAUUCAACAGUUAAAAAAUAAGUUCAUGGAAAAUUUAAAAUUAACUGAAAAACAAAUCAUGGACUUAGAAAUGAGAACUAAAAGACAACA